GGCUUAUCGUAACCGGGCCAGGGUGCGGUUUACACAUCGCUGCGGCCGCGCCUUUUCCUGUCAGCGGAGCGGCGCUGCGCGAGGACGGCGGGUCAGCUGACAGCCAUCAGCGGGACGAGGGGAAGGAGGAGCGGAAUUAGCGGGUGUGUGUGUGUGUGAACGGGGGACCUGCUGGAUCUUGACAAACGAUAUAUAUAUAUCCGAGGCCAGUCGCGGUGCGUUACACGGGUGGCGUUCGCGAGAGGACUAGGGUGGGGGUUUGGAUUCAUCAUGGCCUGUUGGGACUGAGAAGCAGCCACAAUGAUCGGAGGACUGUUCAUCUACAACCACAAGGGGGAGGUCCUCAUCUCCAGGGUCUACCGAGAUGACAUUGGGCGCAACGCGGUGGACGCCUUCCGCGUCAACGUGAUUCACGCCCGGCAGCAGGUUCGAUCCCCGGUGACCAACAUCGCCCGAACCAGCUUCUUCCACGUCAAGCGCUCCAACAUCUGGUUGGCGGCGGUCACCAAGCAGAAUGUCAACGCCGCCAUGGUGUUCGAGUUCCUCUACAAGAUGUGCGACGUGAUGACGGCCUACUUCGGCAAGAUCAGCGAGGAGAACAUCAAGAACAACUUUGUACUCAUCUAUGAGCUGCUGGAUGAGAUUCUGGACUUUGGAUACCCCCAGAACUCAGAGACCGGAGCUCUGAAGACCUUCAUCACCCAGCAGGGCAUUAAGGGACAGCACCAGACAAAGGAAGAGCAGUCUCAGAUCACCAGUCAGGUGACGGGGCAGAUUGGCUGGCGCCGCGAGGGCAUCAAGUAUCGCCGCAAUGAGCUUUUCCUGGACGUACUGGAGAGCGUCAACCUGCUCAUGUCCCCACAAGGCCAAGUCCUCAGCGCCCACGUGUCGGGCCGCGUGGUGAUGAAGAGCUACCUGAGUGGGAUGCCCGAGUGCAAGUUUGGCAUGAACGACAAGAUUGUCAUCGACAAGCAGGGAAAGGGCGGAGCCUCUGACGACGCAGGGAAGAGUGAUUUAGGGGGAGGAAGCAGUGGCAAGCAGUCCAUAGCCAUCGAUGACUGCACGUUCCACCAGUGUGUGCGUCUCAGUAAGUUUGACUCUGAGCGCAGUAUCAGCUUCAUCCCCCCUGAUGGAGAGUAUGAGCUGAUGAGGUACCGCACUACUAAAGACAUCAUCCUGCCGUUUCGAGUCAUUCCUCUGGUCAGGGAGGUGGGGCGCACCAAACUGGAGGUUAAGGUUGUCAUCAAGUCCAACUUCAAACCUUCGCUGCUGGCCCAGAAGAUCGAGGUUCGUAUCCCAACGCCCCUCAACACAAGCGGCGUGCAGGUCAUUUGCAUGAAGGGAAAAGCAAAGUACAAGGCCAGCGAGAACGCCAUAGUGUGGAAGAUCAAACGCAUGGCUGGGAUGAAGGAGUCUCAGAUCAGUGCUGAAAUCGAGCUGCUGCCGACCAACGAUAAGAAGAAAUGGGCCCGGCCUCCGAUCUCUAUGAACUUUGAGGUCAGAACACACAAUUUUGUCAAAUUUUGAACGUGAACAGUUGUU